GUGAUUAAAAAGAAUUUGCGUUUGCAGAAUUAGACGCUGUUAGCACCGAGACGAGUCAGCGAAGCUCGAUGUCAGAAUCACAAGCACAAGCCUGUAGCCAGUCCUCGGUAAAGGCUAGGAUCGACGCUUUCGUACAGAAGAAUUCGAACCUCGACGAGCAGAAGAACAAACUGAGAGAAGAGUCGUUCGAAUUACUGCGGAAAUUACGGCGAUAUAAUGAAAUGGAAACUGCAGGCACUGAGAAAUGUCAACACUACCGCGGCUUGGAAGCAACUCACGAGGAAUCCAUCGAGGCUUCUAGAAUACUCCUCUGCAAGAAGCGAGAGGAGAUCAAGGAGAUUGACGGCGUGGCAGAUCGGAGCCAAAGACUGCGAACAAAUGAACUACUGAUAUUCGAAAACAGGGUUGCCGAGGCGGUGCCAAAGUUUCUAAAUGCCUUGACCUAUUACUCCACGGACAAUGUAACGGCGGUCAUUGAGAAUACCAAACGUGAGAACCAAGAAUUUCAGGAAGGAAUCGCAAUGGUUGAUCGAGAAGUCCAUGCUCUGAUGUCUAAGUAUGAGAUGAAGGAAGGGAUUGUGAGCGCAAUACCGAGUCACGAGUUAGAACUAACGGAUUUACAGAAGCUUAAAGAUGCUUGGAACAAAGCGAAUCAGAGCAGAAAUUCGGAACGGAAACGAACUGAACAUCUGAAUAAACAACUUCAGGAAACGGCAAAGCGUAACGAUAGGAAAAUGGCUCGGCUCCUUAGCGAGAACGCAUAACUCCGUGCGAUUCGCAUUAUUCUAAUUAUACUCCAAAUUAUAAGACACUCUGCAUAAUAUAAUACGUA